AUGGCUAACACUCGGUUCGCGUCGCAGACCACUGGUGAGGCUGAGAAGCCCGUUACCUCCUCUUCCGUCUUUUCCAUGUUUGGAGGUGGCGCCAAGAAGGAGAAGAAGGAGGAUGAGGACCGCGGCGACAACUCCGGCAGCGCCAAGGCUCAGCGCGAUGCCGCCGCUGCUGGGAAGGGCGAGGAGGAGGAGGCUCCUGAGUCCGAGGAUGUCCACUUCGAGCCCGUCAUCAAGCUGACCGAGAAGGUCGAGACUGCCACCAACGAGGAGGCUGAGGAGCAGCUCUUCAAGAUGCGCGCCAAGUUGUUCAAGUUCGUCAAGGAGACGACUGAGUGGAAGGAGCGUGGUACUGGUGACGUUCGUCUGUUGAAGCACAAGGAGAACGGCAAGACCCGUCUCGUCAUGCGCCGUGACAAGACUCUCAAGGUCUGCGCCAACCACUACAUCGUCCCUGAGAUGAAGCUUUCCCCCAACGUCGGCUCUGACCGCAGCUGGGUCUGGAACGCCGCCGCCGAUGUCAGCGAGGGUGAGGCCGAGGCCGUCACCCUGGCCAUUCGCUUUGCCAACUCUGAGAACGCCAACCUUUUCAAGGAUGCCUUCCUCAAGGCCCAGAAGGACAACGAGGAGCUUUUCAACAAGGCUGCUGAGGGCUCUGAUGCCCCUGCCCCUGCCAAGAAGCUUAAUGGCAGGAAGAAGGCGCCUUCCAAGGCCGCCGAAAGCCUGAUCAUCACGACUAACUCGAUGACACAGCGAAAAGUCAAGCUCGUCACCGAGCAAAACGUCAUCGACAAGCCCUCUCCGGUCGAGGAUUUCCCCAUGCGAAAAUGGAAUAUCGUUCUAUACGUCAUCGGCGAGGACGGCGAGGACCACCCGGCCGACUGCUUCCAGAAGGUCGUCUACAACCUCCACCCUUCGUUCGAGAACCCAACACAGACCUUCAACAAGGCCCCUUUCAAGUGCGAGAACGAAGGAUGGGGUGAAUUCGACAUGACGAUCGAUUGUUACAUCACGGAGAAGUCCAAGCAGUCCAUCCAGCACGACCUGAACUUCGCCAAGAACCGCUACGAGGCCGUACACACCGUCUCCUUCAAGAACCCAUCUCAGGCGCUUCAGCAGAUCCUGCGCGAGACGGGCCCUCUCCCGUCGGAUGACGAUCGCCUGAAGAAGAAGGGCGGCGCUGGCAAGAAGGGCAGCCAGAAGUACGACUACGAGAAGAUCGCACAGGCUCUCGAGAAGCUUGAGGAGGACGACUUGCUCCGCGUCAUCCAGAUUAUUAACGACAACAAGACCGCGGACACAUACAUCAAGAGCGAUGUUGAUGGUGAGCUUAUGCCUGCUUCCCCUACUACGAAUCUCAUGGCUGCGGGCGAGUUUUCGAUUGACUUGUACACCAUGUCGGAUUCGAUGACCAAGCAGCUUUGGGAUUACCUGGUACGUCGCUCACUCGUCCGCAUACCUUAG